ACCCAAGUGUGUACGAUGCUUGCAGCUGCUUCUCCGGUUUUCAGUUUCUUGCAUCUUCUUGCCUGCAUGCAUUGUUGUGCUGCAGCUUCCCACUCUGAUUGCCCCUGGCCUGAUCUUUCCUCUUGCCCAAUGCGGUUUAGCUCUUCUCGAGCAGUUGUGCGUAACAGUUUUAUUUCUCUUUCGCUGUGAAAUGGAAUUUUCAGUCCGCGUUUCACCUUCCCUGCCCUGAUCGCGGAGAGAUCAUUUCCGAUGCUGUCAGCUGGCAUAUUGAUAGGGAAAUAUCAGCUGUGCUUGCGAAAAUGGCUAGUAGGAAGACCGCACUCGUCCCGGGAAGCUUCCUAAAAGAGCAGUUGAUGUGUUUGAGUCGAAACCACCCAUUUUUGUCCAAGGCAAUGCUGCGGGUCAAAGUGGAGCGCCUAUGGGAAAGCCUUCCUGAAAACAAGCGAGCCAAGUAUGUGGAUCCGGAGAAAAAAUGCAUCCGCAAGUCGUCACUGUGCUUCAGCUUCGACGUUGAAUGCGAGGAGAUUUCCCAGAAGAAGGAGCCAACACACGGACGGCGGCACUAUGGCAAGCGGACGCGCACUAUGUCACAGUUCGAUGAUACGGAGUGGAAGGAGGCGUCCUGGACUGACCUUGCUCAGCCAUCCAACGAGGCACUGGUCCGCGACUCUGGCGCGCAGCCGAGUUCCUCCUCGCACCCUGUACUCAACAUGGCCGAUAUGGAUGUUAGCAAAGACCUUGUGCAAGACACUGCAAGUGCAGGCCAGAAGCAACGUACACUGGUGCCGGUACCCUCGGGCACUUGCAACUCCAGUACAAGCAGUGAAAGAUCAUGUGCAUUUGACGCUAAGCGUAAUUCUGGGAUGAGCACUGGGUGCUCAAAGACAAAGUCCACAUCUAGUCGAGCGCGGAAGAAGCCAGCACUGACAUCAUCCACACCAACCAGAAGAAAGACCAGACGGAAAUGCGAAAAUACGUUGCCAGGGAGAUUUAAGAGGAAAUCCUCGCACCUGCCCAACAUUCUCGACGAGCAGGAAAUACUCGGCUUUGAUUUGUUCCAGAGUUAUCUCCCCGUUGGCGAUGGAUAUCAGUCGUCCUCGUUUGUCUUGGCAGGCUGUUUGAACGAGAUGGCUCAGCUGCCAGCACCUUCCCUGUUGUAUGAUGGCGGGCACGUGAAUGACUCAUCAAUCGGUGCUGACUCGUCUCUCAUGUCCUGCUCGCUGCUGAGCUUGUCUGACGAAGACCAAGACAUGGAAAACAAGAGCGGUGUGGCGGUCAAUGAGUUAUCGGAUGCUCAUUCCAGCACUGGUCUGAGUGCCUGUGGUGCCAGUGAGGCUCAGGCAGUGCCUGCUAUUGAAACUGUACAUGCAGGACAGCAGAAUCAUGUCGCCAGUGUGUCCCCAACUGAGCUAAGCACACGUUCCAGCGGUGAAAUCUCCGUCUCGCCGUCUAUUGCUCCAGAUGCUGCUCAUACCAAGAGGAUAGCGUCGGGAGUCGAUGCUCUUGAGUGUUGUGAUCAAUUGCCUGUACCUCCGUCGCCAACGCCACUUUCCUGCAGUUACAAAAACGAGUCAAGCCCAACAGCGGGACACUGUACAACUCCUAGGCAUGAUGAUGUCAGGGCGGUGCAGCCUGAAGUAUCCCGUCACAGCAAUGCGGCUCAUGUCUCAGAUUCGCUGGAUCGCCUCUCUGCACAGCCAGAUCUGAUGUCCCUGUUUGACUCGCCACCUGCUACGCCGAAUCAACUAUCCCGUCGAAGCCUCUCCUCCGUGGGACAAGCCAUCGCCAUGUCGGCUGGUUCUGGCGAGCCCGGGCAAGAACCCGCUGGAACAGUCGUCGCUAGCUCUGUAUUCAUGUGAGAGAAGGCAUGCCCGAACUGGUGCAGAUCACGUAAGCGUUUUGAGCACUCUCCCCCGGAAGUGUCCCCUUUUAUAUGAACACCCAUGCUUGUCCAUUGUACCACCUGAUAUGGUAUGAACUCGCAGUGGUAGUUCACCAGACAACCUUUUUUUAUGUGCUAUUUGGCCAUAGUAAACUGUGAAGUCCGUAUGUGGCGUUCACAGUUUUAAUUUUUAAUUUUUAGCAGUAUUACGUGUCCAAAACGCCUGUUAGUGUUACGUGUCAUGACAUCAUAGUGCAUGAGUAGCUAAUAGCAAGCACACCUCUCCUGAGUAACACUCCGCUAAUAGAGAUGACAAUCCGAUCUGAAUCUAAAUUUAAUCUUUAAAAUUGUGUUUUAAUCUCUAUGUUCCAGCUAAUCUCUAAAACUUUAAUGUGAGCAUUUAGUUUAUUCCUGAAGCAUGAUAGACCUUUAUGCUUUAUUUGACCUAAUCUCAUACAAAUGAUGAUCCUCCUUCUAAUCUCUCCGCCGCUAGCUCUGUACUUUUACCAUGUUCAAGUCGGUAGGCUGUGAAUUUUGUAAUCCUUACCUGGGCCAGUGCUCUGGCAGAGCUUCUACACAGCCAGCAAAGCAACAGAACAUCAUUCAUACCCUGUGCUCCGACGCAGCUUCUGCAGAACAGACUGUGGAUAUGCGACACCUCAGAUACAUGCAUGACGGAAGUGCGGAUAUAUGAUGACAAGUGAGGAUAUACUGAACCCGGAAGAUUAGUCCUACUCGUAA